AUGAUCCUUGCGUUUAUCCCAAACAGUGAAUGCGACCCUCCCGACCGAGCAUGUUUGCGGAUCAUCAAAUGCUGGGUGUGUGGGCAUGCCAGAGAGCAAGUGCCUCAGAGAUUCCUGGAUGAAAUCACGUGUGAGAAGUGCCAUACUCUGCAACCUCCACACCCAGAAUACAACUACUACGAUCUGUUUGACAAAGCACCGACGUUUAACGUGAAUGUCAAGAAUCUUCAGUCGCAAUACCGACGAAGCCAAACCCUGCUACAUCCCGAUAAAUGGUCAAUGUCUACGCCGGAACAAAAGCGGAACGCUGCUCAACAAAGUAGCUUAUUGAAUAAAGCUUUCCGGACGUUGCGGGACCCCUUACAACGAGGGCUUUACUUGCUCAAAUUACGAGGCAUGCCUAUGGAAGAAGGGACAGAUAAUAAUGAUCCGGCCUUCCUAAUGGAGAUUAUGGACAUCAACGAAGCCAUAGAAGAUGCGGAGACCGAAGCUGAGAUAUCUGUUGUGCACGAAGAAAACAAAAAGCAGAUCGGAGAUGUCAUACAGCAAGUGAGCGAGGCUUUCAAAGAAGAUGACUUGAAGCGUGCUCACACAUUGAUGGGGAGGUUACAGUUCUACGAAAAUAUAAAUCAGCUGACUACUCACUGGCACCCCGGGCGUCGCCUUACGAUCACGCAUUAGUGCAUCGCUCAUGUCCCAUGCGACACCCUGUGAGAUUUCCUUAUAUGCUGCUCGUGUGUCUGUGAUCAGGCUAUGCAAAUCAGCGCCACCCCAAGUACGACACAAGCCCAGGGUGGAAAUAAAAGCAGUUUCGAAGAUGGAAGAAGUUUAGCGAGGCGAACAACGAUGCCUUGCGACACUCUGUUCGUGGACCCCGAAGUCGGCCUGAGUCAAACAUUUAUUUUAACAUAUUGCUAAGGAAGAUAAAUAAACUCAACUCCUUAACUGAGUUUAGCUGCGAGUGAAUCAAAGUACAGAUUUUGCACUUAGCAGGAAUGGCGCGUGCGUGCAAGCCUUAGCGUCCUCUUUCUAAAUAUGGAAAUACGUGGUAUUGUACUGUGUUAUACACCACGAGUCGUGGAAAUAAAGCAACCCC